AUGCGAGUGCAUGCGCCUGCUCUCGACGCAUUCCUCAUCGCACUCAGCUUCGUCCGACAACACAUGACGGCAUUCCAGAAUGUAGCCCACCGUCCUCGGACACCGCGGCGCACGCUCGUGGAGCCGCUUUGGCAUGUGACGUGCGCGAUCGAGGUGCCUCGACGAUGGGCGCUUAGCGAGGGCUGGGGAAAGGACAUAGAGCACGGUGAGGGCGAAGGGGAAUACAGCACAGCGCAGGUCUCGCUGCCUUCCUUACAGUCUCGUCUGCUAACGUUCCCGCUCCCCUGCCCGUCGCUUUCUCCACGCCCGCCGUCGUCCCGCCACCAGCAGACACCGUCUUGCGCGCGCGAUCGUCGCUACAGCCCGGUCACCACGCUCCGCGCCAAGUCGCUGGCGCGUCGCGCAGAAGCACGCGCUGUCCCCGGUCCGCACAACACGACCGAGUCCAGUGUCGCGCGACAGGGCAAGGGCGCAGACCGCACAGCGCGGCGCGUGCGCGUUCGCUCGAGCGCCUGCAAAACCUGUCAGCACGACCACUCUCCACCAUGUCCGCACGCUGCGCCCGGUCAGCUCGCCGCCGCGAACCGUCUCCGCGCGAUUGCGCACGCGCAGCCCCCGGUCAGCGUGACAUGA